AUGGACAAACUGCGGUUUCUCAAGAAGGAAAUUAAGACACUCGGCGACAAAUACACUAAGCUCGAGAAGAGCAUCAACGCCGCCAAGUCUGUCGCUUCCAUGCCUGUGAGCGCCUCACCCCAGCCAAUCAUUCCGGCCCUCGUGGCUGGUUCGAGGACGGGAGCCGCGAACGGCGUGGCAACGCCACCAACUGGUCCCAAACGGAAGUAUGACAGCGAUGAGCAGCCAGGUACCUCUGCUAAACGUCUGAUGGGCGGCAGCAGCACGAUCGCAACUCCCAGCGGGCACAGGGACAAGAACAGAAGAAUUGGAGACCCCGUCAUCAAGCCCGAGCCGAAGCCUAAUGCUUACCUAGGUAGCCUCGCGGGGGAAAUGAGGAAAUGGUGA